GCUUCCUUCCCGAUCCAGCAGGGGUGCGGAAGGGACGAGGUGCGUGGCCGCUGCUGCACGGACUGGGAACCCGGAGCGGUGGGCUCCGGGGUCCCCUUCCGGCGGUUUCCGGGCCGGGGCGGGGCGCUCCCCCAGCCGCGCAGUGAGCGAAACCGGCGUGCGCUAGGACCGCGGCGCACCGCCCUCCGCCGUUAUAUGAGGCCCCGCUCCAGCCCCACGCGGAACCCGCGGCUCCGAGCUUUCGCCGGCGUCCCGACCCGAGGCCGGACCCGAGGCCAGCCCUGAGGCCAGUCCCGCCGCUGCGCAGCCGAAGACAGUGCGGGGCCUGAGAGGGACGCGCGCCCCGGGGCCCCCGCCGCGGGCACCAUGGGCGCUGCCCACUCCGCGUCUGAGGAGGUGCGGGAGCUCGAGGGCAAGACCGGCUUCUCAUCGGAUCAGAUCGAGCAGCUCCAUCGGAGAUUUAAGCAGCUAAGUGGAGACCAGCCUACCAUUCGCAAGGAGAACUUCAACAAUGUCCCGGACCUGGAGCUCAACCCCAUCCGAUCCAAAAUCGUUCGUGCCUUCUUCGACAACAGGAACCUGCGCAAGGGACCCAGUGGCCUGGCUGAUGAGAUCAAUUUCGAGGACUUCCUGACCAUCAUGUCCUACUUCCGGCCCAUCGACACCACCAUGGACGAGGAACAGGUGGAGCUGUCCCGGAAGGAGAAGCUGAGAUUUCUGUUCCACAUGUACGACUCGGACAGCGAUGGCCGCAUCACUCUGGAAGAAUAUCGAAAUGUGGUCGAGGAGCUGCUCUCGGGAAACCCUCACAUUGAGAAGGAGUCCGCUCGCUCCAUCGCCGACGGGGCCAUGAUGGAGGCGGCCAGCGUGUGCAUGGGGCAGAUGGAGCCUGAUCAGGUGUACGAGGGGAUCACCUUCGAGGACUUCCUGAAGAUCUGGCAGGGGAUCGACAUUGAGACCAAGAUGCACGUCCGCUUCCUUAACAUGGAAACCAUGGCCCUCUGCCACUGACCCGCCGCCGCCUCUGCGGAGAAACUGCACUUUGCAAUGGGGCCGCCUCCCCGUGUAGCUGGAGCAGCCCAGGCCCGGUGGACAGCCUCUUCCUGCAGCGCCGGUACAUAGCCAAGGCUCGUCUGUGCACCUUGUGUCUUGUAGGGUAUGGUAUGUGGGACUUCGCUGUUUUUAUCUCCAAUAAAAAAAAAAAAAGGUUUGUUAAUUAA